UGGAUCAAGAUUUAGGGCUAAUAGAUUUUAGGGCUUUGGGGGAAUGGCGCUGGCUCACGACGCUGCCGACGCGAAGAAGGCCGAUGAUCCGCUCGAUUCGCUCGCUCUCAGCGCCGAAAAUGUGCAGCACAAUCUCAGGAUCGCCUACUACUGCCGGACGUUCCUGUCGAUCGUGGCGGGCGCCAUCGCGGGCGUUCUAGGGCUCACCGGUGUGUAUGGAUUCCUUUGCUACUUCCUGGUGAUGCUGUGCGCAUCGGCUGGGCUCGCUGCCAAGACCCGAUUCAACACCAGCGCCUUCUUCGAUUCGUGGCACCGCGUGGCGUUCGAUGGUUUCCUCCAGGGGCUCAUGUCUUUCGUGCUCUUUUGGACGCUCGUCUAUGACAUUGUCCACAUUUUCUAGUAAAGAAGAAGAUCUUUUCUACCA